AUGCAGAACCCUAAACAUAAUUCCGAGGAUUCCAACACUGAUCGUAAGUCUCCAUCAUCCUCUUCCCCUCAACAACCUCCUCCUCCCUCCGAUGAUGUUGAUACAGUAGUUAAUCCAACGGAGGAGGGAUCAGAAUUAAACCUGAAAACCCCGCAGCAAGUGCUAGAGGAACUUAAUGCUGGUAGUGAUAUCCUUGGUGACGAAGUGAGCCAAAGUGGGGUCCCUGUGGCUAUGGAAGUUGGUGGUUCAAUAAUGGUGAUGGAAGGGCCUGUUUUGAGUGAAGGACGUGGGAAAAAGAGAAAGCCUUCAGAUGUAAGAGACCCUCCAAGUGGAACACCCGCUUGCCCUAUUUGCCAUAGAGAGUUCUUGACAUGGAAGGGUGCGUUUGGCCACAUGCGUAAACACCCUGAUCGUAAUUAUCGAGGUUUCUUCAAGCCUCCUCAUUUUGAAUCCCCAUCCACAACCAGAGAGCCACUUAAUAAGGGUAAAAACUAA